CACGGGGAGGGGCAUUUUUACUGUGUGAUAAAUAUGAGCAGCACGGCACUCAUAAUACAGCAAAACAUAUGAAGUUUCAGGCCCAGCACAUAGAGAGGCAGAUUAAGGAGGAGUUUGAGACACUUCACCAGUUUCUACGUGUUGAAGAGUCAGUAAAGAUAACUAAACUGAGGAAGGAAGAACAGCAGAAGAGUCAGAGAGUGAAUGAGAAUAUUGAGAAAAUGUACACAGAGAUUUCCUGUCUUUCAGACACUACCAGAGCUGUAGAGGAGGAGAUGAAAGUUGAAGAUGCUUUAUUCCUACAAAACUAUGAUGCCACUUUGAAAAGAGUUUCCCAGUGUAAAGCGCCAGAUCCAGAUCCAGAGGACAUUUCUGGAGUUCUGAUCAAUGUGCCAAAACACCUGAGCAACCUGAAGUUUACUGUGUUACAGAAGAUGCAGAAAACUGUUGAUUACACUCCUGUGACCUUUGACCCCAACACUGCUCACUGUAAUCUCAUCCUGUCUGAGGAUCUGACCAGUGUGAGAUACAGCGAUGAGGAACAGACUCUUCCUGAGAAUCCAGAGAGAUUCGACAUGUUUGCGUGUGUUCUGGGCUCAGAGGGCUUUGACUCUGGCUCUCACUGCUGGGACGUUGAGGUCGGAGACAGUACAGGCUGGUUCCUCGGAGUGAUGACCGAAUCUGCUCAGAGGAGGAAUAAAAUAUUCUCAAGGAGUGGAAUCUGGCUGGUGGGUCAUUUCUGUGGUGAAUAUAAAGCACAUGAACCACCACAAUCACCAGCUCUCCUCCCAGUGAAAGAGAAACUGCAGAGGAUCAGAGUUCAGCUGGACUGGGACAGUGGAGAGCUGUCGUUCUCUGACCCUCUUACUGACACUCAUAUGCACUCUUUUACACACACGUUCACUGAAAGAUUAUUUCCAUUCUUCGGUGUUGGCUGUGACAUUUCUCCCUUGGUUAUCUUACCAGUAAGGUCAGUUUGCUAAAACCGUGCAGUCUUCUGUCAGCUCUUAUUCUGGUGUUCCUCACGUAGGAGUCACACUUGUGACUUCUGUGGUCAUAUUAGGAGACAAUAAACAUUACA